AUGGAGAAAUCAUGUUCCUUGCUGGUACAUUUUGACAAGGGGACACCGGCCCUUGCAAAUGAGAUCAAGGAAGCCCUUGAAGGGAAUGAUGUUGAAGCUAAGAUUGAUGCCAUGAAAAAUGCUAUAAUGCUUUUGCUAAAUGGUGCAACCCUGCCUCAGCUCUUCAUUACUAUUGUGAGAUAUGUGUUGCCCUCUGAAGAUCAUACUGUUCAAAAGUUGUUGCUGCUCUAUCUGGAGAUCAUUGAUAAGACUGAUGGUAAAGGACGUGUCUUACCCGAGAUGAUAUUAAUCUGCCAGAACCUGCGGAAUAAUCUUCAGCACCCUAAUGAAUAUAUCCGUGGUGCAACACUAAGGUUCCUCUGCCGGCUCAAUGAGGUGGAGAUCAUUGAACCUUUGAUCCCAUCCAUUAUGUCAAACUUGGAGCAUCGACACCCUUAUGUUAGGAGAAAUGCAAUUCUUGCUGUUAUGUCCAUUUACAAGCUCCCACAAGGCGAACAUCUCUUGGUUGAUGCACCAGAGACGGUUGAGAAGUUUCUAUCAACGGAGCAGGACCCAUCGGCUAAGAGGAAUGCAUUCUUGAUGCUUUUUAAUUGCGCUCAGGACCGUGCUAUUAGUUACCUCUUGACCAAUGUUGACAGAGGGACACCGGCCCUUGCAAAUGAGAUCAAGGAAGCCCUUGAAGGGAAUGAUGUUGAAGCUAAGAUUGAUGCCAUGAAAAAUGCUAUAAUGCUUUUGCUAAAUGGUGAAACCCUGCCUCAGCUCUUCAUCACUAUUGUGAGAUAUGUGUUGCCCUCUGAAGAUCAUACUGUUCAAAAGUUGUUGCUGCUCUAUCUGGAGAUCAUUGAUAAGACUGAUGGUAAAGGACGUGUCUUACCCGAGAUGAUAUUAAUCUGCCAGAACCUGCGGAAUAAUCUUCAGCACCCUAAUGAAUAUAUCCGUGGUGUAACACUAAGGUUCCUCUGCCGGCUCAAUGAGGUGGAGAUCAUUGAACCUUUGAUCCCAUCCAUUAUGUCAAACUUGGAGCAUCGACACCCUUAUGUUAGGAGAAAUGCAAUUCUUGCUGUUAUGUCCAUUUACAAGCUCCCACAAGGCGAACAUCUCUUGGUUGAUGCACCAGAGACGGUUGAGAAGUUUCUCUCGACAGAGCAGGACCCAUCUGCUAAGAGAAAUGCAUUCCUGAUGCUUUUUAAUUGCGCCCAGGAGCGUGCUAUUAGUUACCUCUUGACCAAUGUUGACAGAGUAUCGGACUGGGGUGAACUACUGCAGAUGGUUGUCUUGGAGCUGAUCCGAAAAGUUUGUCGGACAAACAAAGAUGAAAAAGGGAAAUAUAUAAAAAUCAUUAUAUCUCUGCUGAAUGCCCCUUCAGCAGCUGUCGUAUAUGAAUGUGCUGGAACUCUUGUUUCUUUGUCUUCUGCUCCAACAGCUAUUAGAGCUGCAGCCAACACAUAUUGCCAGCUUCUUCUGUCCCAGAGUGACAAUAAUGUUAAGCUCAUAGUGCUUGACCGCCUAAACGAGAUUAAGUCCUCCCAUAGGGAUAUUAUGGUUGACAUGAUUAUGGAUGUCCUGAGGGUAUUAUCUAGCCCAAAUCUUGACAUUCGUAGGAAAACACUUGAUAUUGUUCUGGAACUGAUUACUACCCGCAACGUUAAUGAGGUGGUUCUUACAUUGAAGAAGGAAGUCAUGAAAACUCAAAGUGGGGAGCUUGAGAAGAAUGGGGAGUAUCGUCAAAUGCUCAUCCAAGCCAUUCAUUCUUGUGCUAUUAAGUUCCCCGAAGUGGCAAGCACAGUGGUCCAUUUGCUGAUGGAUUUCUUGGGUGAUAACAAUGUAGCAUCUGCCCUGGACGUUAUCGUUUUUGUUCGAGAGAUUAUCGAAACCAAUCCCAAAUUAAGGGUUUCUGUCAUCACAAGACUUUUGGAUACAUUCUAUCAGAUUCGAGCGGCAAGAGUAUGUUCUUGUGCUCUUUGGAUCAUUGGAGAGUAUUCCUUGUCUCUUUCUGAAGUUGAGAGCGCCAUUGCAACUAUAAAGCAGUGCCUUGGGGAGUUACCAUUUUUUUCAGUGUCUGAAGAAGAGGAGUCAGCGGAUUCUUCAAAGAAAUCUCAGCAGCCUACCUCGAUUACUGUUUCAUCUAGAAGACCCGCUAUCCUUGCUGAUGGGACUUAUGCAACCCAAAGCGCCGCCUCUGAAACUUCUUUCACUGCCCCUGCUGUAGUUCAGGGAUCUUUGGCUUCUGGGAACUUGAGAUCUCUUCUUCUCACUGGUGAUUUCUUCCUCGGGGCUGUUAUUGCCUGCACCCUUGCAAAGCUCAAUCUAAGACUGGAGGAGGUUCAAUUAUCAAAGAUAGAAGUGAACAAAGCAACUAGCAAUGCCUUGUUGAUUAUGGUCUCAAUGUUACAGCUUGGACAAUCUUCAGUUCUGCCACAUCCAAUUGAUAAUGAUUCUUAUGACAGAAUUGUUCUUUGCAUAAGAUUGCUGUGUAACACCGGUGAUGCUGUGAGGAAGAUCUGGUUGAAGUCAUGCCGUGAGAGUUUUGUUAAAAUGCUUUCAGAUAAACAGCUACGUGAAACUGAAGAGAUUAAGGCCAAAGCUCAGAUUUCUCAUUCACAGCCUGAUGAUCUUAUUGAUUUCUACCAUUUGAAGAGCAGAAAG